UCCUCUUUUUUCUUUAUCGGUUCUCUUUUAGACACUUUGAGUUUGCUGGUUAAUUCCUCUUCCACAUUUGGGUCAAAUCUUGCUCUUUUUGUCUUUAUCUUAAGUCAUGAGGGAGAAGAGUGUAGGCCAGAAAGGAAAGACAAUUGGAUGCUCUUCAUCGGAAAUAAAGAAACCUUGGGAACUAUUAAUGAGAUUCCCAAUUUCCGUGGUUGGGUAGAGAAGUUAUUGACUGUUGCUCCGAUGGAAGGUAGAUCUUGGAAAAGUCUUUCACAUAGGUUUGGUUGGAAGGUUAAAACUCAUGGUAGGUAUGAUGGAUCUUCAUUUAACUUGUGGGUCAUCACUUCUGGAGGUAUUCCUGUCAUAUCAGAAUGGGACCAGGCAAAACAAUCCACGUUUAAGAAAGCCAUUUUGCUGCGGAAUUUUUAUCAAAUAACAGAAAUGACAUUCAUGAGAAAUUGAUAUCAGGUAUCUUAGGUUAUGGCAGCGGUUGUUUACUAUUCCAGUCGCGGAUUAUCACUGGAGAUAGUGAGGUAGCUGCCUGGCGAUCGCAGUCCCGCCUUUCUCCUUCUUUGUCUUCCUUCUAGUAUACUUUGGCUACUUUCAGACUAUUUUGGUCUUGUUAUGUUUCGGAACAAUUGUAGUAUUGCUCAUGACUUAGUGACACCCGAGGUCAGGCUUUUAUUUCCGCAUUUUGGUUUUUGAUUUUAUAUCUUUUUAUGGAAUUCAGUUGAAAAAAGUUGUUAUUUAAGUUUUAAAUGAAAUGUUGAACUACUUUGGAAA